AUGGAACAUUCUUCCACCAUGUUCCGUUUGAUCUUAGUGAUCAUGGCUUUAGCCUUUCCCUCAUCAGCGAUCCCUAAUAAAAUGCCUCACCCGGCUAAGUUAGCGCUUUUGUUAGGUGAAGAGGAGUUCGAAGAUUAUUUGGACAAAUGGCUUGAAAUUGAAGAACGCAAUUGGCUGAACGUAACAACAGACACGUCAAUAGGAGCUCGAAGCGCAUGCUCUAUACGUGUGAAUGGUGAUCUUGGGCAACCUCAACCUGUAUAUAUCAGGCGUUCGAUAAAUAAUUACCUCGAAGCAGCAGGAAAUACUGGCAUCAUCACUCUUAAUUCAAACGAAGAGGUCAUAAUCUCUUGCCCUGGGAGUAACCGAUUGAUACAACAUCCAAACAUAGCAUCAAAUGUCCAAACAGCUACUGCAAGAUGUGUCAACAAUGCAUUUGUAUCGGGACCAGCGGGUGCCCACUUUCCCGGUGUAGCUAUUAAUACAGUUUACACUCAAGUCAACCAAAGGAACGUUAUCGCUGGAUUGGUGGGAAACAAUAUGGUAGAUAAUUACAUUACUACCACAAACUUUUUGGCUCGCGGUCACCUUGCUGCCAAGAGUGAUUUCGUAUUUGCCACUGGUCAGCGCGCUACGUUCUACUUUAGCAAUGCAGCACCACAGUGGCAACCUUUCAACGCUGGUAAUUGGAACACUCUUGAACAGAAUCUUCGAAGGCGCAUUGGAGUUGCUGGAUACGAUACGGUGAUUUACACUGGCACGUUUGGUGUUACUCAACUUCGUGACGCUUCUGGUCGCUUUGUAGAUAUCUAUCUAGAAUCUAAUAAUCGAGUACCUGUACCUCUCUACUACUACAAGGUCGUAUAUGAUGCGUCUAGACGUCGUGGUACCGCCUUUGUUUCGAUAAACAACCCUUACUACACGUUGGCGGAGGCUCGAGGACUACAAUUCUGUACCGACAGAUGUCGUGACAACAGUGCCUUUAGCUGGAUCGGCUGGCAGCCUGAUAACCUCGCUAUCGGCUACAGUUUUUGUUGCACAAUUCCAGACUUCAGAAGUCGCAUAGGACACAUUCCUAAUUUCGAUGUUUCUAAUGGUCUCCUGUCC